CAAUUGUUGUGUAGUUUGCAUACCUGUGAGAGUACCUGAGCUCAGGUAUGAUAGCUAUGCCUUACCUGCACUGUAACAGCGGUUACUGAAAGCGGUGCCAAACCUAUCCAUUGCAGUGUAUGGUAGAGAAGGGGCACUACUUUUGUCCCAUAUUUAUAGCUCUCUGUACUCUCUCUUCAAUAACUUAUUUGUAAUAUUCGUAUCAAUACUUCACUGAUUGUAUACUCUAUGGGAAGAGAUAUCGAUGUUUAGUGUAAUUAAAUGGCAAAUCACUUGUGAAUCCGAUUGCAGGCAAUGGACGACUCGGCCAACACUGAGCUUAUCUUAGAGCAGGAGGUCUACUGUUCCCACAAAAGCCGGGGAUGUCGUAAAGUAAUGGCGCUCUCGGAACUGGAGACCCAUUUGAAGGCCUGUAUGUACGGCUUAGUGCACUGCCCCCUGAAGUGUGGUCAGGCCAUUACCAUCAAGUCUUUGCCGCAACAUAUGGCGAGUCUUUGCCGCCGAAGAAUCAUUGGCUGUCAGUAUUGCGAAGAAGACAUCGCUUGGGAUACGAGAGAAGAGCACGAGAAGAGUUGUCCCAAAAGACCUGUCAGUUGUAUGUAUUGUCACAAACAGACUAUCAUUCAGAAGGACCUGAAGUCACAUUUGGAGAACUGUUCCCUCAAACCAACUAAUUGUAGACUUAAGCCAUUGGGCUGUAAAUACAUGGGGACACAACUGGAAGUGGAUGAACACGAAGCCAUUUGGUCCACACAUAUGGAUAUAAUUCUCAAAUAUAUUCUCCAAAACAAUAACAUUAAUGGACAGGAUAAGUCAAAGAACCGAAUGGCAGAUGUGGUGCAGAUCGUGAAGAACCUGAACAGUGAGAACUCGGAGCUGACGGACAGAGUGAACGAGUUGUCCGAAAGAGUGGAAUCGCUGGAGACGACCAACAAGUCAUUGACGGAACAGUUGACUAAAUUAGAGACCAUCCAGAAGGCAGACAUCGCGUCGAUGCGAACACUCAUUGAGGUGUUGAGGAAAGAGCUCGAAGUAAUUGAAGCCUUUAAAAAGGCUUUCCCUUCAUAUGACCCGACUUCAAAACUAAUGUUUCGAAACAACGAGAAGAAGACGAAGAAUCAGAAGUUUGAGUCAGUCUUUCGCUUAACAGACCAUUGAUUUCAUAUAAUUUAUGAGCCUUUCCUUCGAUAUCAUAUGAAACUAUUGAACCGUUUAUUUAAUAAUGACUUCUUUUAUAGACUUUAGAUUUUCGAGACUAUUAUUUCUAUAGAGUAUUGCAUAUGAAGUGAAUUAACUGUUGUGUAAAGAAUACUGUAUAUCAUCUCAUAUGAGAUCCCUGUCUAAUGAGUGCACUGUUUGUGCCAAAAGUUUUUAGCAAAGCAGCAGAAAUGCUAUGAAAACAUAUAAAUUCUUGUUUAAUAUAAUUAAAUACAAAUGUAUAUAAAAUUACACGAAAAUCUAAUUUAAAUGAAUUUUCAUUUGAUAUGUACUCCAACUAAAGAGCACUACAUUUGACGCCAUUUGUGACGAUAACAUUAAAUGUCAUAUCAUUCUCGCCA